AUGGGAUAUCUACCAAAGCUGUUAGCAACUCGAGGCAAUGUUGUGGAUUGGACGCAUGGAGCCUACUCAAACGCGUUUCCAGGAUUCUGGCAACUGACUGGUCUUUUGAUCGGAUCUUACGUUAUAUACUGUCUCCUGUCAGCCGCUUACCUGCUCAUAUUCCAUCCACUCGCCAAGUUCCCCGGGCCUAAGCUAUGGGCAAUCUCGCGAAUCCCCUGGGCAUAUUAUAUCAUCACGGGUGAUUUGUGGCUGGUUUUGGACCGACUCCAUGAGAAGUAUGGGACCAUCGUUAGGAUUGCACCCGAUGAGGUGACGACCAUCAAUCCUGCAGCUUGGAAGGACAUAUACAUCACCAAGCCGGUGCUGGCCAAAGACCCCUACAGCCUGACACCACCUCUCAAUGGAGCUCAUUCGCUGUUCACUGCUGAGGGUGAUACUCACCGACGGCUCCGCGGGGCACUUGUUAAUGGGUUUGCCGACAAGUCACUGCGCGACCAAGCUCCGAUUGUCGAAGGCUAUGCGAAUCAGAUGAUUGCCCGUCUACGCCGCGAGGUAGCGCAGAGUUCUGACGGUAAUGUCGACAUCCAGAAGCUCUACGGCUACGCAACCUUCGACAUCGUUACAGAUCUCAGUUUCGGAGAGUCACUACUCGAUGCGCUCCAGGGUGACGGCGAGAAUGAAGAAAUCCGCACGUUCUUCUUACAUGCCAAGUUCAGCACUAUCCGCAACUGCCUCAGUCGGUUUUCACCGCUUGACAUCCUUCUAGGACUCUUCCUACUGGGGGUCACUCGUACCAAACGGGAGCGCAAUUGGCGCUUGACAACUGCCAAGAUUGACCGACGCCUCGCACGUGGUGAUCUCACGGGUGUGCGGUCUGACUUGCUGACACCGCUGGUCGGCAAGCUCAGCGAAAAUGGUGCCCCUGGCCAGAGGGCUACCAUAACGAAGGCUGAGCUUACCACUAACCAGCUCGCCUUCGUAAUUGCCGAUUGCCAGUUAACUACGGUAGCGCUCGCAACAUCGACAUAUCUCUUGCUGCGAGACCCGUCGAAAUGGCAACGCCUAGUUGACGAGAUACGUGCCCAGUUCGACAGUGAUCUUGCUAUCACCGUACAGUCAACUCAGGGUUUACCAUAUUUAGAGGCCGUCAUCAAUGAGACCAUGCGCUUUCGCCAUCCGACGCCCAUCAGUCUUCCCAGAUGUACCCCUGCUGGUGGCCGGACGGUCGAUGGCGAGCUCAUUCCGGGCAAUACCAUUGUUGGGAUCAACUUACAAAACAUCCAAACCACGCCAACCCUGUGGGUUGAGCCGCAAGCAUUCCAUCCGGAACGAUUCCUGCCAGAAUCGGACCCUCGCUAUCAGCAUCGCUUUGAUAAGGAUGUGAAAUCAGCAUUCAUGCCCUUCUCAGCUGGUCCACGAAACUGCCUGGGAUCGAAGUAA